GAGAAGGAAAACUGCAGCUCCGAUCAAGCGGGGACACCACGGUCUGUAGAAGAAUACCUUCAGCAGGAAGGAUUACGUAGAGUACCGGUUCCGGCGGAUGGCCAUUGCUUAUUGCAUGCUUGGCAUAGGGUAAGCGAUCAGAAAAACUUAAAAACCUAGGGAAAAAAAGGUUUAAAGCUAAACUAGAGAAUAACAUAUAUCUUAUGGCUGGAUUUUAAACCAUUAUGGUUCUUGUGCAAACUUAUGCCAACGCUAAUGUAAGUUUAAGGGAAUGCACAUAGUUUCAAGAGAGGUUGAUAUGGAGAAUAACCAAAAAAAGAUUUUUUUUCUCUUUCUACCAAACAUUCAGUAUGUAAAUUCGUCUUGUUCUCUCGUUAACUCUUCAUUUUGCUCCUGCAUUCAGUUAGUUUUUUUCCUCUUGAAGCCAGCUAAGGUCCCCAACUGAGUAACGAAAGCCGUAUUCAUCGGCUUCCAUGGGGUAAAUGGACCCCCGUCUGAUCCUGGGAUACGUGGAGACUUUGCCCAGGGGCAUCGCAACAAAUUGGACUCGAACUCUCUGAUAAGUGUGGGCUUUGCUUCCGGUGCCUAUUCUGUAAAUGAUUUCAUACAUUAAAUUUGAGCUUGCGACUACAUAUUUUUAUAUCGUUCAUAAUCCUGGGAAAAGCGCCCUGGGACGAGGUUGAUCUCGUUUUUAUGCAGCAGGCGCGGUUAACAGGCGCGGCAACCUAGUUUUACUAAAGACUGAAUGAAAUGCAAAAACGCAUCUGUUUCUUCUUGGUCCUUCUUGGUUUUGAUCAACGUUGAGGAGGUUAGAAGGUUGGUUAGACUAACUGAGGAAGAAGUAUUUUGUCGUACCCAGUCUCAUUCAGAAAUUGUUAAAUAAUUUAAGACAUGUAAAUUACGUUUUACCGGUAUAAACACGCGUAAUAUUUUGAAAUAUUAAUUUUGUGAAUAAGCCUCAUUUUUUAUGAGGCCAAGUAUGAUCUGAAUAAUUUAUGCAGAUUGAGGAUGAUUGAGGUUAAGUUCACCUUUCACUUUGACCUGAGAACAGGGGUUUUCACUGACUUUUAUUUGCACUCAAAAUGUUGCUCAUACACAUUUACCUAGACUUGGUGCAAGUAGACUAUGAGUAGUCCCUCACUGUUCCUCAGGGACACGUGAAAAUCACCCAAUGUGAGAAUUGCCUGCUCUUUCACCGCUGCAUCUCACUUUUCUUGCAUGGGAUGAUUUUCACGUGUGUUCACGUUUUGCUUGUUCUACUAUCCCUGAGGAAAAAUGAGGGACUAGUCCUAUUCUAUGCCACAAGUCGACCUCACAAGUUUCCUGGUGAGUGCUGGACAAAAGACUUUUUUCAAGGUAAUUUGUAAGUUGAUGCAUUAAUGUUUCUCCUUCAGGCCAUGCAGGAGGAGGGCAUUAAUACAUACGAGAGCUACCGAGAUCUUCUAUCUGCUGUGAUGCGUGAGUUUGCUGAACAUAAAAGCUUCUAUUCUCCGUUCAUGCUUGAUGGCUGGCAAAUCCAACUGGUCAAGUAUUGCGUUUAUGGCGCAUUUAACAGUGCAAUUGGAGACUUAGUUAUCUACGGGUUAUCAAACCUAACAGCUCUUCCAUGUAAAGUGGUUACAGAAGGUUGUAAUAAAGUUCCUUACAUUCACGUUGUGACUCCAGACAGAUUAAAUAAGACAGAUGUUCGUGAUGGCGGUUUACUCUUAAUGCUUACCAACCUUCACUACGAGCCGCUGGUUAAAAUGGUAAGUGACUCUUUUGAGUUAACUGAACAUGGAAGACGCUAUUCUCUAUUUAUACACAAGAGUUAAAAAUUGAAGCCAUCUGUAUCUCUAUGAAGCAUAUUUUCAAGGCAAAGAUAGGGUCCACGUGUUAAUGAACUUGGUUUAAUUUAUAGUAUUUUUCUCUGUCUGUCAGUAAAUGUUUCCUUUUCAAAUUAAGUACAUGAGGGAACAUAGAUGUUAAAGUAACUGAGGCAAAAAAUGAUAACAAACUUGAAAUCUGCACUUUCCACUUGGAGGUUGGACACUGAACUUUUACUAUCAUCCCAGGGGACUCACUUUUACCCUCACAUUAAUUUAUGAGGGUAUUUUUAUUUUCCUCUUUUAUUUCUUUUAGGAACAGCGGCAAAGUGACGAGGAGAAAGGAGAAGUUUUUGGAUGCAAAAGACAGGAAGUGCACCAAAACACCGACGGUGAUGGCCAAGAAGUGCACCAAAACACCGACAUGGAUGGCCAAGAAGUGCACCAAAACACCGACAAUGAUGGCCAAGAAGUGCACCAAAACACCGAUAGUGAUGGCCAAAAGGUGCACCAAAACAAUGACGGUGAUGGCCAUGAAAUGCACCAAAACACUGACAAUGAUGGCCAUGAAGUGCAUCAAAACAAUGACGGUGAUGGCCAUGAAAUGCACCAAAACACUGACAAUGAUGGCCAUGAAGUGCAUCAAAACAAUGACAGUGAUGGCCAUGAAAUGCACCAAAACACUGACAAUGAUGGCCAUGAAGUGCAUCAAAACAAUGGCAGUGAUGGCCAUGAAAUGCACCAAAACACUGACAAUGAUGGCCAUAAAGUGCACCAAAACAAUGACAUUGAUGGCCAUGAAGUGCACCAAAACAAUGACACUGAUGACCAAGAAGUGCACCAAAAGAAUCAAAACAUUACGCAUGAAUAUCCUGAAAAGGUAUGUGACUACAUUAGAAACUGUACUAAAGCAACCAGAAUAUACUAAAGGAUCUUUCAUCUCUAAAUGAAGAGCUUUUAAUUAUUACAGCAUAAUGAGAAUUGACAAGUUAAUACUAACUUCUUUAUUUGAAAAAGUAAUAAUUAUCACUUCUUUAGUAAAUCAGAAAAUGUUCUUCUUUAUAUAUUGAGGGCAUGCUGUAGCUUCAUAAACGCAGUGCUCUAGGGGCAAGAAUUGAUACACGGGGGCCUUGUUAUUGUAUCUGUGUGGAGGAGUAUUUGUAGAAAGAUAGUAUUUCAAAUAGUGGCUUAGUAUGACAUAAUAAUAAGUAUUUUUGUCCUGUUUUUUCUUUAACAAUAGGUUUUGGAAGUCAAGCUUACAGAGUCCGAUGAAAAGUUAGAUGAAGGUACGGCUUUUUCUCCCUAGGUCGAGGCCAACAUUGAAAGGGCCAGGGAUAGGGGGUUGAGCACAACAAUUGUCAAUGUUAAUCCUUCAAUUGACCCAAGUUCUAAUGUCACGGAUUGCAGUUAUGGUCUCUUUAUUCUUCAUCGAUCUUUCUCUCUUUCCAGCAUUUUUUUUACCUUGGCAUAUGAAAUCUAGUUCAAGAAAUUCUGAGGUUUAAUUUCUUUUGUUCCUAGAUGUUGGGGCCGAUCCCGUAAAAAGUGAGCCAGUCGCAGAAAUAAAAAUGCGGAAAUCCAUAAUGGUAAAUAGAUUGAGAUCAGUGUAACUUACACCUUAAUAUUACUUUAUAGGACAACUUAGGAUUUAUCAUAGCCUGUAGGGUUAAGGAAGAUUAGUUUCAGUUUAUCAGCUUAUGAUGUUAUUGGCUCGACUUUGAACAGUCCUAUUUGUACUUUUUCUUAUAAGUUGUAAUGUGUGUGUACUUACAUUAGCUCUAAGAAGUUAGGGCAUGUUCUUGUCAUGUUUUGCAUAGGCUAUGCAUGGGUGGACUUAUCAGUUUUCUGUUUAAGUCUGCUUUAUUUUGAUUUUCACAGAUGACAAGGAGACUGUGGUCAACUCUAAAAUCUAAAUUCAGACGCAAUACUAACAAAACUGAGAAGAUAAGAAAUGAAAUUAAGCCCUCUUGGAUCAGACGAUGUUUACCAUCAAUGUCAUGUUGCUUUGGAAGCAAGACAAAGCCAGAGUAAUAUUAUUUGAUAAGGUAAGGGUCGAUUUCUAAUGUUUCUCACACAGGGCUGCAUUAUUGUUAAUUUAAAGCUGGGAGGGGUGUUACCAAUUAAGAUGGCGAGGUGUUCCCAAGAUUUUUCCUUUUUUCUUUUCUUUGACAUAUAGUUCAAACUUAAGAUCCAAACAAUAUUACCAACCUGACAACGACACCCUCUAUGAGAUGGACCCCUCAGUAAAAUGGACACAAAUAUUUGGUUGAAGCCUUUUUAUCUCCCUUUAAUUGACUGUCUAUAAGACAGACAUCAUUCUUACACAGACACUUGGUACCAGCCCCAAACUUAAAGAGAGUUAACUGAACAUUAAUUUGUAAUACUUCUUCAGUUAUGAAAUAUGGAAGAUUCAGAACAUGCAGUGUCUUGCAUGUAUUUACAAAACUGUCAUGUCUCAUUAGAAGUGGGAUUCACUAUACAGUGGCUGAUUUCUAAAAUGCAUUGACCUCAGUCUUCCUGUUUUAGCAACAUUUUUUAUUAAGGUACAAUCUUAGAUAUGUAAGCUAGCAUCUUUGACCACCUUGGUUUCGUACCCUCUGUUCUUAUUCAAAGUUUUACUUUUUUGCAGGCACUACAAGAUCAGACAUGUCGUGACAGCUUUCCAUCCCACAAAAGAACUGAAGGGGAAAAAAAAACAACAAAAAAACAAAAAAAUAAAUAAAAAUUUAAAAAUUAAAUGAAAAAUAAUCAUCUAAAAAAACCACAAAACUGAGAAAAAAUUAAACGAGUAAACAAACAAAAAAAGUAUGGUCACGACAGGUCAGGAAAGGAACUUGACUUGGAUGGGACACAGUCACACAGUUCAUGAACCAGUCUACCCAAGACUAUGGCUUAUGGAAACCAAGACCCAGCCCUGCCAUUCCUGUUACUGGUAAUUUUUUUUUUACUUUUUCAGUGUCAUAAAGUGAAAUGCUCUAGCGUCUUUAGCUCUAUUUUGAUUAGUUUUGUCAUAUGACUGUUAACCCAAAUAGUGAAUUCUGAAGCUUUGGAAAAGACAUGCAAACAAAGUCAUUCCACAAGGAUUUCAUUACAUUUUUAUAUGGUAGAACAAACCAAUUUUGUUUUUUAAGUAACAAAUUCUCCUUUGACGGCGGCAGGAUUAGUCCAGUUGCUAGAGUGCUUGACUUCACAGCAGGAGGUGGUAGCUUCGAUCCCCUGGGCUGCACCUAGGCUCGGAAAUCGCGCCUAGGCUACACCAACUAGAAGGUUCUUAAAAUGUGAUGUUGGUGGUUACUUAAGUUGUCUUGCAAAUGGAAGGGCUUAUAUCUGGGGGGAGAUUAUAUCCAGGGGGGGGGCUUAUUUCCCCUGGGGGGCUUAUAUCUGGGGGCAGUUAUAUCCGGGGGGGCUUAUAACUGAAACCCUCUCUUCCCUAGAGGCUACUGCUGGGUUUUCCAAUAAAAUAGGAAUAUCAAAUAUCUUUUUCCCUCUCCCCAGCCCCCCCUAUGACACAAAGAAGCUUUUGCGGAGGAGAGAGACUGGAAUAGAGAAAGCUCUUCGAAACAAGCUAUAACAGUGCUGAUAAAAAUACGUUUUGCAUCUAGUGGUUUUUAAUUAAGCCUCCAAACGUCAUAAUAAAUAAAACAGUCAUUUCAACACAUUUGAUCAGAGGCUAAAGUUUUUUUUUUGCCCAACAGCUGCCGCCGGAUUGGUUUGGUGCUCUAAGAGUCAGUAACAAUGAAAAGGCUGAUUCUACUCAGAGAACCACUGAAGUUACGAAAAAGGCUGUUCCAUCUCCAGUACAAGGGANAGCCUCCAAACGUCAUAAUAAAUAAAACAGUCAUUUCAACACAUUUGAUCAGAGGCUAAAGUUUUUUUUUUGCCCAACAGCUGCCGCCGGAUUGGUUUGGUGCUCUAAGAGUCAGUAACAAUGAAAAGGCUGAUUCUACUCAGAGAACCACUGAAGUUACGAAAAAGGCUGUUCCAUCUCCAGUACAAGGGAAACAAGCACAUGGUAGCAAUUCCAGUGUUGGCUAUGGAGCUUUGUGCGGGAACUCCCUCUUAUCCCCAAAUGCAGGGAACAUUUUCUUUAACCUUCACAGUUCGUGA